ACCUGACACAUCAUCUUUUUACCUAAACAACCGGUCAACUUUUUACUUUAGAGUAUUUUUGUGAUACAAAUGUCAUUUUGAAGGUUAAAAAUGUUAGUGAAAAAAACUUCAAGAUUUAAAGUGUAAGUAAGUGACACUUUAAGAGCAUUUUAUGCGAUUUUCCCAUUUAUAAACUCAUUAUAUUCUUUAGAAACAUUUUCUGAAACAUAUAUAGAAGUUAUGGAAAUUGAUAUAUAUAUAUUUGAAAAAAAUAGUUUAAAAAGAUUUCAAAUCAUUUUUAUUGAACUUCAUCAAUGAUUUUGUAAGUUAUAGAUGAAUUUCUAAUUGAUAUGCUAGAUUAAGCAGUCUCGAUUAGAUUUAUAUAUGUCUCUGAAAUUAAUCUUUCAUAUUAUUUUUAUUUGAAUGUAUAUGUUUCAAAUGUAUUUUUAAUCCAAACAAAAAACUUUUAACUUAUCAGUUUAUUAUUCAUACUAAACACUUAUUCAAAGCUGACAGAAAAUCAUCAUCACCAUCGAAUAAAAUCAAAAGAAAACAAAACCUUUGCUUUUCUAUAAUUUUAAAUAUUAUCCUUCACUUGGAAAGAAAACAAUAUGAAAAAAAGCAGAUGGGAAUAUUCUUGUACAUGAAAGCCACAACUUGCGCUUUGUAUUGUAACUUGGGAGGUUGGUGUUGCUUCCAAGCUUACUUACAUAUCUUCUUAUCAAAAAAUUUGUUUGGUUUAUAAAGUUACAGAAACAAACACUAACUCAUUUGUGUGCGUGGUUUAUAAAGUUACAGAAACAAACACUAACACAUUAAACUGUGUUUACUUUACAAAGUUAUGGAAAUAAACACCGUGUGACCGGUAACCAUCAAAAAACAUUAGAAAUGAAUAGUAAAAUAAUGAAUAGGAAUAAAAUUUUGGGAAUGAAGAUUCCUUAUCAAAUUAACAAAGAACAUAUUUGCAUUAUAAUUCUCUACAAAAAAAGAAUAAGAAUGAAUGAAGAGGAAAAAAAUAUUUUUCAUGAAUGGUAAUCUUUUUUAAAAAACUCAUUUAAUUUUCUUUGGUUUAUAAAGUUAUAAAAACAAAUACUAACACAUUUCAUACACAAUUAGAACAACUGUUAGAAGAAUCAGUUAUAUACUCAUUGUCAACUUCACUAUAAUAUGGAUUCAAGAAUUUAAGUUCUUUCACUUUGUAUCUCAUAGAAAGGACAAGAAGAAUGAAAAUUUUAAGGAUGUCACUAUAGUGGAUAACUAUGUCAGGACUCAUGAUGAGUAACUAACAUUUUAUACUCCUAACUAUUAAACUAUAAGACCAUGCGCAUCAGGGGCUUUAGACGGGUUCACGGGCCCGAGUUCUAAGGCCGGAGUGAUUAAAAAACAAAUAAAAAUGGGUUUGUAUCGAUGAAACGGGCCUUACGGUUGAUCCGCUAUGAAGCGGAUUUAGCCACGCGUCAUUUCCCGGUUAGACGAAACAAACCGCGUAGAGGGGGAGGAAAGACGGGUUUCCCCGUGUCUCUUCUCAUUUUCUCUUCUCGAAACAAAAGCUAGGGUUUGUUCUGUGAGAGGCGAUAAUACGAGCGACGCGGAGUCUUGCCGAUUUUCUCGUUCAAAUCGACGACGGAGAGUCUUCUCCACGACCUCUGGUGAGUAUCGAGUAGAUCGACGGUUUAAUUUCGUUGAAUUUGGUCGAAAUCGUUUAGUGAGAUUUGAUAUCAAUUUGGGGUUUUCGAGUUUCGGAUGUAAAUCGAUAACUGGGUUUCAAUUAAUUGAUGUAAAUCGACAUGCGCGUUUAAUUUAGGGUUUGUUUGUGUGAGAUUUCAAAUCGAUUGAGGGGUUUGGAGUUAGGGUUCUCAAUUGAUUCGUUGAUUCGUUUUAUAGUUUUAAUUCCUCAAGAGUGCUCGAUAUAGGGGUCGGUUUAGUAUAUUGUUUCGAUUAUAAUGUUCUAAUAUAUUCAGUUUCUUUCACAGAUGGAUCCCGCGGUUGAGAGAAGCCAUUCAAAGAGACAAAAGGAGUAUUUUGACAUGCUACAAUAUACUUGUGAUUCAGAAUAUGGGAUUCCUAGAAGGUGUUCCUGUGGUGGGAGAAUCAUCGACGAGGUUCGAGCCAAGGAGGAGUACGACACUCUUCCUGGGAAGAGGUUCUUCACGUGCGUCAACUACGAGGCUGAUGGGUUUCACUACCGUCAGCCUUGGGUGUUUGGUGUCCAGGAGCAGAUGGAACGCUUACUCAAGCGUCUUGAGGAGGCAGAGGAGGUGAUGAAGUGGGUGCCGAGUCUCAAAAACAAUAUUCAGACUCUGGAGGUGAGUUAAUGAGUUUGUAUAUCGUCUCCUAUUUUGCUGCAAUCACAAUUUAAUUAUUGUUUCUAUGUGCAGGCCGAGGCAAAAGGGCUGAGUGACCAGGUUGAUCGACUAACUGGGGAGGUUUACAACCUGACGGUGCAAGUUUCUGUGCUGGAGAAGCUCUGCUUCGACUAACAAGCAAAGGUAAACACUCAAUCUUAACUGAACUAGAACAGAACUGCAAGUAGAUGUUGGUUACCUCGUAGGUAGAAGUGAAUUAGGAUUGUAUUAGGUUGAGUAGAGCAUUAAAUGUUUAAAAAUGUUUCUGUUAAAAACUUUUAUAGUUUUUAAUAACUUUUCCAACUCUUAACUAGGUAGAGUACAACUCGUACUUGAUGUUUAAAAACUUAUCGAAAAUUUUUAAAGUGAUUUGAUGGGUAAUGAAUGGUAACUGUGAAUAAGUUGUUGUGUAAUUAAGUUAAGUAGUUGUGUAAUUUACUGCAGUAGUUGUUGUGUAAUAAAGCAAUGCGAAACUAGUUUAAAACAUAGGCAUUUCACUUCUAAAAACACAAACAAUCAAACCUUAAAAAUCACACAAACCUCUUAACAACAAACCUAAAUCACACAAUGGACCCUUUUUCCCUAAACUCUCACGGGUUUGUUAACUUGUUAGCUUCGCAGAGCAGUCCUACAAUAGACGUAGACUCUGCUGAGGCACCUGUUAGCUCUCCCGGGUUAGUUAAACCAGCGGAAAGGAGAAAGUGGACCACAAAAGAAGAUCUUGUGUUGAUUAGUGCUUGGUUGAACACCAGCAAAGAUCCGAUAAUUAGUAAUGAGCAGAAGUUAGGGGCUUUUUGGAAGAGAAUUGAGGCGUACUUCAAUGCUAGUCCUCAGCUCAUUGGCUCCAUUCCUAGAGAGUGGGGUCAAUGUAAGCAGAGGUGGGGAAGGGUGAAUGCGGAGGUUUGUAGGUUUGUGGGUUCCCAUGAGGCCGCUCUGAAGCAGCAAGCUAGUGGGCAAAGUGAAAAUGAUGUCAUGAAGGCGGCUCAUGACAUCUAUUUCAAUGAUUAUAAUGCCAAGUUUGCGCUUGAACAUUGCUGGAGGGAACUUCGGUUUGAUCAGAAGUGGAAGUCACACUCUCAGCCGAAGGAGAAAAAGAAGGAAUCUGGUGCGGAGCCGGUGGGUGAGGAGGCAGAGGUUAGGCCUCCAGGCAUUAAGGCUUGCAAAGCGGGGAAACGCAAGAAGCCAGACGACGUAGCUUAUGAUCAAAUACAUAGCAUCCUAGCUAAUAAAAACACCAUUUCCAGACAAAAGAUCCUUGAUCGUCUGCUAGUAAAGGACACACUUUCCCCUAGUGAAGAAGCUCUAAAGGAGAAACUCAUCUCUGAAAUGCUUUGACGUCUCAUGUGUAGGAACUUGUUUGAAUAUGAUUGAUUGAAUGUGUUGUGUAAUUGUUUUGAUUACAUUUUGAAUGUGUUCAUUGAACUUGUGUUUUCUUUUGCAGGUACCGGGUGGGAAAGCGUCUUCAUGUCACGGGUGUUGAAGGUGAAGGAAUCUCUUGUCUUUUCUCUGUUUGAAGCCACGGGUAUGAUGUCAGUUUUUAAUCACGGGUAGAAAGUGUAGCCUUUUGUUUCAUGCUACAUCUUUCAUGUACUAUGUAGUUGCUAAAUGUCAUUUCGACUCACGGAUGUUGAUUGUAAUGUUGCUGUUGAUUCACGGAUGGUUGUGUAAACUUAAACUCUCUCCCUUUAUAUAAAUGUAUUGUCUUUGCUUAUUGUACAGAACAAGCCAAACUUGAACUCUCUCCCUCGACAAACUUCUCUUCUAUUCUAUUCUUUCUCUUCUUUCUCUUCUUUAUGUCUCUCCAUACUCUCAUCUGUAACAACACACUUCGACAAACUUCUAUCUGAUCGUGGUGCUCUCCACAACUCAACAAGCUUCAAACCUUCACAACUGAACAACCUUCACAACCUCAACAAGCUUCACAACUCAACUUGCUUCAAACCACAACAACCUUCAAACACUCAACAACAAACUCAAGGUAAGUGAACAUAAUUUAUGAAAAAAAAAGUGAUGAAGUUGAUUAAUAUUAUUGAAUA